AUGACGACCGAGGCCACAGUAAAGAAGUUCUUCUCAUCGCCACACUUCGCCGUGGUAGGGGCUAGUUCCAACCCCGCUAAAUUCGGUCAUAAGAUCUUCGCCUGGUACAUCCACCACGCCAUCCCCGCGACGCCCAUCAACCCCGUCACGCCCUCCAUCGCUGUCAACUCAUCAACCUACUCUACCGUCGCCUCGCUGUCGGCCCUUCCCAAUCCCAAGGAGACGUCUGUGUCCAUCAUCACGCCGCCCGCGGCGACGCUAAAGGUCCUCCAAGAGGCCAAGGAGCUCGGAGUUCCGGCUGUGUGGAUGCAACCCGGUAGUUUUGACGAGGCCGUUAUGAAGUUCGCGCAGGAUGAGUAUGAGGGCGAGGUGGUUGCGGGCGAUGGCGGGAGAGGGAGUGAGGGUUGGUGCAUAUUGGUUGAUGGGGAUAAGGGAUUGAAGGCUGUGGGGAAGUUGUAAGGGCUAUGUGGACAUGGUUGGAGAUGGAAUUUGCUGUGAUGAGUUUGGAUUGGGUUCCCAUAUAUCUUGAAUUUAUUGAACUAGAAUGUGGCUUCUUACGUACUGGAUGAAUUGAUGAAUUGCUUAUUU